UCGUUGCUUAACCGAGAGGUACUGGUAACGAAAACCUAAACCAUGAAAGUGAAGCGGGUCAAAGGGGCUAAGAAAAUUUUGAAUUUUUACAAACAUUCUUUUGGUAUUUUUGAGCCAUAUCAAGUCCUAGUUGACUUGACGUUCUGCCAUGCUGCUUUGAUAGGUAAAGUGCUAAUAAAAGAGCAAUUACCCAAGUAUCUAGAUGCAGACGUACAGCUUGUGACCACUAAAUGUGUGAUAGAAGAAGGCAAGUCUUUGGGACCCCAGCUAAAUGGUGCUGUCACCAUCGCCAAGAGAUUUCAAGUUCGAUUGUGUGGCCACAAAAAGAAUUCCGUACCAGCCGUUGAGUGCAUCAAGACAAUGAUAGGUACCAAUAACCCUAAGAGAUACUUUGUGGCAACUCAGGACAGAGAGCUAACUCAACACUUAGCCGCCAUCCCAGGGAUACCUGUGCUUUAUCUCAACAAUAACUGUAUCGUGCUUGAUAAGGCAACCACUGUCACCAGUUCUGUGGCGCAAGAGAUUCAAGAUUCUAAAGUAAACCCUAGCUUACACGAAAAGGAAACAUUAAAGAUGCUUAAAACAGAUCUUCCUGAAACUGAGAGAAAAAUCAGGAGAAAGCGCAAACAACCUGGCGGACCAAAUCCUUUAUCAGUGAAGAAAAAGAAAAGGAAAACAGAUGGUGCAACAUCAAGCGAUUCUAAGAAAAAGAAAACAAGAAAAAGGAAAAAAGGAAAGGUUCCAGAGCAUGUAUUACAAGCUAUCGCAAAGAGCUAGUCAUAAACAUUUUCCUAUAAAUUAUUUAUUUUUUAUAGAAUUGUACACGCUGUCACUAAAAUAGGAUGCACUUAUCCUAUUCCUGACAUUGCUUAUGUUUUUUUACUAUAAAACGUUAAGGGACAAUAAAUACUAUAAGAAAUAA